UGGGACCCAUAGACUCCAGGCCCCGCGUGCGCGCGCUGUGUGACCCGGAAGAGAGCUGCUGAGGAGGCGGGACCGGGACAGCGGUCCCCGCGAGGGCCUAGCCCGGCAGUGGGAGGAGGUCAGGAUGGUAGGGGAGCGACGUGUUGGGGACCUCAUGGUCCCUUUGGGACCCCAGCUGCAGGCAUAUCCUAAGGAACUCAUUCGCCAGCGACCUGGGCAUGAUGGGUGUCCUGAAUACCUGAUCCGAUGGAGUAUCUUGAAGUAUGGGGAAGUGGACAAAGUGGGUGUGGAGGAAGGCAAAACAGAACACAUCCUGAUGUGGCUGUCGGCCCCAGAGGUCUACGCUAACUGCCCCAUGCUGUUAGGUGAGUGGGCACUGUCUAAGGGACCUCAGCACGAACCAGCUGGGGGUUCAGGGAGCUUUCUCCGUGACCCAGGAGGCCUGGAUGAAGUAGCAGUUGGAGAGAUGGAAGCUGAUGUGCGGGCGCUGGUACACAGGGCUGCCAGGCAGCUGGCAGAAGGUGGGACCUCAAGCCUCACAGCUGCAGUGCUUCAUACCAUCCAUGUGCUCAGUGCCUAUGCCAGCAUUGGGCCCCUCACCAGGGUCUUCAGGGAGACAAGAGCCCUGGACCUGCUCAUGCACAUGCUGUGCAAUCCCGAGCCUCAAAUCCGCCGGAGUGCGGGCAAGAUGCUACAGGCUCUGGCAGCCCACGAUGCUGGGAGUCGGGCUCACGUCCUUCUGUCGCUGAGCCAGCAAGAUGGCAUCGAGCAGCACAUGGAUUUUGAUAGCCGCUAUACGUUGCUGGAGCUGUUUGCAGAAACCACUUCCUCUGAAGAACAUUGCAUGGCCUUUGAGGGCAUUCAUCUCCCUCAGAUCCCAGGAAAGCUGCUCUUCUCCCUGGUGAAACACUACCUAUGUGUCACUUCCCUGCUGGAUCAACUGAAUAACAGCGCAGAAGCAGGCAGUGGAGACCAGAGCUGUCUGUGCCCCAUGAGAGAGAAAAGCCGAGGACAGAGGGAGCUGGAGUUCAGUAUGGCUAUGGGCAACCUCAUCUCAGAGCUGUUGCGGAGCAUGGGCUGGGCCCACAAGCUCAACAAACAGAGCAUGUUACCACCCCAUCCACCUCGGUCCAUCUUUCAGCCCUGCCUUUCAGGGCCCUCCCUCUUACUCCCCACCAUCAUCACCGCCCCCAGAAGGCAAGGGCGGGGCUUUCGCCAGCGCUCAGAAUUCUCUAGCCGCAGUGGCUAUGGUGAGUAUGUGCAGCAGGUACUGCAGCCGGGCAUGCAAGUUCGGAUGCUGGACGAUUACGAGGAGAUCACCGCAGGGGAUAAGGGGGAGUUCCGGCAGAGCAACAAUGGUGUCCCCCCUGUGCAGGUCUUCUGGCAGUCAACGGGCCGUACCUACUGGGUGUAUUGGCACAUGCUGGAGAUCUUGGGCCCUGAGGAAGCUACUGGGGAUGCAGCCUCCGCAGCGGUGGAGAAAGGGGCAGGGGCGACUGUACUGGCAACAGUGCUUCCCUCCUGGGACUGGAAACCCAUGGACAGCCUCUACUGUUUGCCAUACCUCCAGCCUGAGCCACAGAAGCACGAAGAGGUGGGUCACCUGACCCAGGCUGAGUGGUGGGAGCUGCUUUUCUUCAUCAAGAAGUUGGACAUAAGUGAGCAGCAGCCAAUUUUCCAGAAUCUUCGGGAGAAGCUAAAUGAGACCCUGGGUGAAGAGACCUUGGGGGAACUCUCUGUGCCAGUGGAGAUGGCUGAGGGCCUGCUGCAGGCCCUCCGUAGUCGGUUGGAGGGCAGCACCCUCUGUGACCUGCUCAACUCCCAGAUCUACACCAAAUACGGGCUGCUCUCUGAUGAACCCAGCACCUCAUCAUCUUCACGAAGUCACUCCUGUACUCCAGAUCCACAAGAGGAGUCCAAGUCAGAGGCCAGCUUCUCAGAGGAAGAGCCUGAGCCCCCUGGAGCAAAGGCCCAGCCCUCUAAGGCAGAGGCAGAGCCUGCCAAGGCCAAGACUGAACUCCCCGUGGCACAGAGUGAUUUAGAGCUGUUUAACCAGCUUCUGGUGGCCGAGGGGAUGGCUCCACCCCCCAAGAUGAAGGAGGCAGCCAAUGAAAUAGCUAGAAGUUUGCGGGUUUCUGGUCCACUCAGCUCCUUGGAUCAGCAAGUGGUAGCAGUCACAGCCAUCAUGCAGAUAUCCAGCUCAGACACAGACCUGCAGCUUUCGGGGCUCUAUGCCCUUUGUCAGACUGUGGAGGAGGUCACCGAGUCGAACCACCCCCUGGUCCAUUCCAACAAAUUGCUGAGGGAGAAGCUAGUGAAGUCGUUGGUAGAGUUGCUGACCAGCCAGGUGGGGAAGAAGAUGGUGGUGGCACUGGCCCUGCGCCUCCUUUACCUGCUCAUGAACAAGCAUGAGUGGCGCCCACUCUUUGCUAGGGAGGGUGGCAUCUAUGCUGUGCUGGUUUGCAUGCAAGAAUAUAAGACUUCCGUCUUGGUGCAGCAGGCAGGGCUGGCGGCACUGAAGAUGCUGGCCCUUGCUAGCUCCUCAGAGAGUCCCACUUCUGUUUCUGGCCAAGAUUCCGUCCAGCCUUUGUUUAAUGUGCAGAUGACCAGAGAGAUCUUCGCCAGCAUUGACUCAGCCACACACCUGGGCUCCGAGAGCCUGCUUCUUACUGUCCCUGCAGCAGUGGUCCUAAUGCUGAACACCGAGGGGUGCUCCUCAGCAGUGAGAAAUGGCCUGCUCCUGCUCAACCUGCUUUUGGGCAAGCAUCACACUCUGGAAGACAAGAUUAUAACCCAUGAGCUGAGAGACACCUUGUUCAGACACGCAGGGAUAGCACCGGGGACAGAACCCGUGCCCGCCAUGCGCACCGUUCUCACAAUGCUUCUCAACCGCUACUCAGAGCUACCGGGCGGUCCUGAGCAUGCAGCCCAUCCAGCUUUAGCACUGGAGAUCCCCUGUGGCCAGGGCCAGGAUGGGUCCCCCGAGCUGGCGAUUCGGUCCCUGAUAGGGGGUCCAUCUGCAGAGCUGCUCCUGGACCUGGAGCGGGUGCUGUGCCACGAGGGCAGCCCGGGGGGUGCUGUGAGGCCCCUCCUCAAGUGCCUCCAGCAGGAGACCCAGCCCUUCCUGCUGUUGCUGCGGACUCUGGAUGCCCCUGGACCCAAUAAAACUGUGCUGCUGACUGUGCUGAGAGUCCUGACCCGACUGCUGGAUUACCCCGAGGCCAUGAUCCUCCCUUGGCAUGAGGUUUUGGAGCCCUGUCUGAACUGCCUGAGUGGCCCUGGCAGCGACUCAGAGAUUGUUCAGGAGCUGACCUGCUUCCUGCAUCGCUUGGCUUUGAUGCAUAAGGACUACGCGGUGCUGCUCUGCUGCCUGGGUGCCAAGGAGGCCCUCUCCAAAGUUCUGGACAGGCACUCAGCUCAGCUGCUGCUGGCCUCUGAGCUUCGUGACCUGGUGACAGACUGUGAGAAGUAUGCCCAGCUCUACAGCAACCUCACCUCCAGCAUCCUGGCUGGCUGCAUCCAGAUGGUGCUGGGCCAGAUUGAAGACCACAGGCGAACCCACCGGCCUAUCAACAUUCCCUUCUUUGACGUGUUCCUCAGCCAUCUCUGCCAGGGCUCCAGCAUGGACGUGAAGGAGGACAAGUGCUGGGAGAAGGUGGAGGUGUCCUCCAACCCGCACCGGGCCAGCAAGCUGAUGGACCGCAACCCCAAGACCUACUGGGAGUCCAAUGGCAGCACCGGCUCCCACCACAUCACCUUGCACAUGCACCGGGGUGUUCUUGUUAGGCAGCUGACUCUGCUGGUGGCCAGUGAGGACUCAAGUUACAUGCCAGCCAGGGUUGUGGUGUUCGGGGGUGACAGCCCCAGCAGCAUCAGUACAGAGCUGAACACGGUAAAUGUGAUGCCCUCCGCCAGCCGAGUGACUCUCCUGGAGAACCUGACCCGCUUCUGGCCCAUCAUCCAGAUCCGCAUAAGGCGCUGCCAGCAGGGUGGCAUCGACACCCGGGUUCGGGGUGUGGAGGUCCUAGGCCCCAAGCCCACUUUCUGGCCUCUAUUCCGGGAGCAGCUGUGUCGCCGUACCUAUCUUUUCUACACAAUUCAGGCACAAGCCUGGAGCCGGGACAUAGCAGAGGACCACAGGCGCCUCCUCCAGCUCUGUCCCAGACUGAACAAGGUUUUGCGCCACGAGCAGAAUUUUGCCAAUCGCUUCCUCCCUGACGAGGAGGCUGCCCAGGCCCUGGGCAGGACCUGCUGGGAGGCCCUGGUCAGCCCCCUGGUGCAGAACAUCACCUCACCUGAUGCCGAAGGUGUGAGCUCCCUGGGAUGGCUGCUGGAUCAGUACCUGGAGCGCAGAGAGAGCCCUCAGGCUCCCCUGAGUCGAGCAACAUCCUUCACCUCUCGAGUUCGGCGCCUUUGCCACUUGCUGGUGCAUGUUGAGCCUCCUCUGGGGCCUUGUCCUGAGCCACCAGCUCGGCCCUUCGGCAAGAACAAUAAAGGUCGCAACCCGAGCCCUGUGCCUGUGCCAGUCCCUGCGAGCAGCAGCCUGAGGAACAUCACCCAGUGCUGGCUGAGUGUGGUGCAGGCGCAGGUCGGUAGGUUCCUGGCUGCAGCCUGGAGGGCCUCUGACUUUGUGCCUCGGUACUGCAAACUCUACGCACACUUGCAGAGAGCAGGCACAGAGCUGUUUGGGCCUCGGGUGGCCUUCACACUGGCUCUGCGCAGUGGCUUCUCUGGCGCCCUGCUGCAGCAGUCCUUCCUCACUGCUGCCCACGUGAGUGAGCAGUUUGCCAGGCACAUUGACCAGCAGAUCCAGGCCAGCUUGCUGGGAGGAGCCCCUGGCAUGGAGAUGCUUCGGUGGCUUCAGCAGCACCUAGAGCCCAUCAUGGUCCUUUCAGGCCUGGAGCUGGCCACGACUUUUGAGCACUUCUAUCAGCACUACAUGGCUGACCGUCUCCUGAGCUUGGGCUCCAGCUGGCUGGAGGGAGCGGUGCUGGAGCAGAUCGGCCUCUGCUUCCCAAACCGCCUCCCACAGCUGAUGCUGCAGAGCCUGCGCACCUCGGAGGAACUGCAGCGCCAGUUCCACCUGUCCCAGCUCCAGCGGCUUGACUGGUUGCUCUUGGAGCAAGGGGAAGAGGAGGAGCAGGGCCUAGAGGACGAGGAGGAGGAACAGGAAGAAGAGGCUAGGAAAGCACUGUUUAUGGAAGAUCCAAGCCCAGCAGUUUCCAUCCUGGUCCUGUCCCCACGCUGCUGGCCAGUCUCCUCGCUCUGCUACUUGCACCAGCCCAGAAGGUGCCUUCCCCUGGAACUCUGUGAUGCCCUGGACCGCUUCUCUGGGUUCUACAGCCAGAGUCAGAACAACCCAGUCCUAGAUGGGGGCCCGCAUCGGUGGCUGCAGUGGACAUGGUUGGGCCGUGCUGAGCUGCAGUUUGGAGACCAGACCCUGCAUGUGUCCACUGUGCAGAUGUGGCUGCUGCUGAAUUUCAAUCAGACAGAGGAGGUGUCAGUAGAGACCUUGCUGAAGAGUUCCGACCUCUCCCCAGAGCUGCUGCACCAGGCGCUUGGGCCCCUCACCUCUGAGAGUGGCCUUUUGUCCCUGCAAGAGAGUCAAGACUUGCCACCUGGGGGUGUACUGCGGCUUCGUGAGCCCGGGUGCUGCCGCAGCAGGGAGGGGCUGUGGCUGAUACCUCCCCAGACUUACCUGAAUGUGGAGAAGGAUGAGGGCCGCACACUGGAACAGAAGCGAAAUCUCCUGAGCUGUCUUCUUGUCCGUAUUCUCAAAGCGCAUGGGGCAAAGGGCCUGCACAUUGAUCAUCUGGUUUGUCUGGUGUUGGAGGCCUGGCAGAGAGGUCCCCAUCCUCCAGGAAGCCUGGGCCAUGCUGUCCCUGGGAGUACAGACGUCCUCUCUUGUGUCCUGCACCUCCUGGGCCAGGGCUAUGUGAAGCGACAGGAUAACCAGCCCCAGAUCCUGGUGUAUGCCACCCCUGAGCCCGUGGUACCCUGCCAAGGUCAGGCAGACAUCCCCUUCUGUGGCAGCCAGAGCAGUGAGAUCUCCAAACCUAGCCCAGUAGCCGUGGCCGCCCUGGCGUCUCUCCAGCUGCCUGCAGGCCGCACCAUGAGCCCGCAGGAGGUGGAAGGGCUGAUGAAGCAGACGGUGCGGCAGGUGCAGGAGACACUGAACUUAGAGCAGGACGUGGCUCAGCACCUUUUGGCUCAUUGCCACUGGGGUGCUGAGCAGCUGCUGCAGAGCUACAGUGAUGACCCUGAGCCGCUGCUGCUGGCAGCCGGGCUGCGUGUGCCCCAGUCCCAGGUGGCCUCUGCACCUAUAGACCUCUGCCCCGUCUGUGUUGGUCCCCUGGGGCCUGGUGAUGACCUGCCUUCCCUCUGCUGCCUACACUCCUGUUGCAAGUCUUGCUGGAAUGAGUAUCUGACCACCCGGAUCGAGCAGAAUCUUGUGCUGAACUGCACCUGCCCCAUCACCGACUGCCCGGCACAGCCCACUGGAGCCUUCAUCCGUGCUAUUGUCUCCUCACCAGAGGUCAUCUCCAAGUACGAGAAAGCCCUCCUGCGCAGCUAUGUGGAGAGCUGCUCCAACCUGACCUGGUGCACAAACCCCCAAGGCUGCGACCGCAUCCUGUGCCGUCAGGGCCUGAGCUGCGGCACUGCCUGUUCCAAGUGCGGCUGGGCCUCCUGCUUCAACUGUAGUUUCCCUGAGGCACACUAUCCCGCCAGCUGUGGUCACAUGUCCCAGUGGGUGGAUGACGGCGGCUACUACGAUGGCAUGAGUGUGGAGGCCCAGAGCAAGCACCUGGCCAAGCUCAUCUCCAAACGCUGCCCCAGCUGCCAGGCUCCCAUCGAGAAGAAUGAGGGGUGCCUGCACAUGACCUGUGCCAAGUGUAACCAUGGCUUCUGCUGGCGGUGCCUCAAGUCCUGGAAGCCCAAUCACAAAGACUACUACAACUGCUCUGCCAUGGUAAGCAGGGCAGCUCGCCAGGAGAAGCGCUUUCAGGACUACAACGCGAGGUGCACCUUCCACCACCAGGCGCGGGAGUUUGCUGUGAACUUGCGGAACCGGGUCUCGGCCAUCCAUGAGGUGCCUCCACCCAAGUCCUUCACCUUCCUCAGUGAUGCGUGCCAGGGCCUGGAGCAGGCGCGGAAGGUGCUGGCCUAUGCCUGCGUGUACAGCUUCUACAGCCAGGACACCGAGUACAUGGACGUGGUGGAGCAGCAGACUGAGAGCCUGGAGCUGCACACCAAUGCCCUGCAGAUCCUCCUCGAGGAGACGCUCCUGCGCUGCGGUGACCUGGCCUGCGCCCUGCGCCUCCUGCGGGCAGACUGCCUGAGCACAGGCUUGGAGCUGCUGCGGCGCAUCCAGGAGCGGCUGCUGGCCAUCCUGCAACAUUCCACCCAGGACUUCCGAGUUGGUCUCCAGAGUCCCUUGGUAGUGGCCGAGGAGGCAAAGGGACCCAACCUGCCUGGCCAUCAGCCCCAGCGCUCCUCAGCACAGCAGGGAGAGGACGAGGACGAUGAGGAGGACUAUGUGCCUGAGUGGCACCAGGACGAGUUUGAGGAAGAACUGGACAAUGACAGCUUCUCCUACGAUGAGGAGUCUGAGAACCUGGACCGGGAGACUUUCUUCUUUGGUGACGAGGAGGAUGAGGAUGAGACCUCCGACUGAGGGCAGACACAGGGAACGCCUGGAGCUCCACAGCACAGGACUGUGGGCUGGGUCCUCUUAGCUACCGGGCUCCCCGCACCACAGCUCCUUUGUUUAUGGAAUAAACUGCUUUUUUCACAUACUUCUGUGGAGCAGCUGGACAGCUCCCCAGCCACUCCCACAGCCACACCC